UCUCUCUCUUUCUCUCUCUCUCGCUCUCGAAACCCUAGAUGCCCGCGAGCGCGAGCCCAUCCGGCGGCCAUGGCGGGAGCGACCCCCGCCGAGGCGGCCGUGGCAGCGGCGGCGGCGGAGGAGGAGGCGGCGACGGCGGAGGAGGCGGGGCUCUGAAGCACGACCCGGGCCUGGCGAUGGAGUGGUCGGCGGAGGAGCAAAUCGCUCUGGAACGAGCGCUCAACGAGCACGCAACCGAAACAAGUAUUCUUCGUUAUGCGAAAAUCGCCCUGAAGUUUGAGAACAAGACUGUGCGGGAUGUCGCCCUGCGGUGUAGAUGGAUGUCGAAAAAGGAGACCCGAAAGAAAAGGAAAGAGGAAAAUAACUUGGCGAGAAAAAACAAAGAUAAAAAGGAAAAAGUAGCAGAUCCAUCAGCACAACCUUCAGCUAACUUGGCAAGAAGGCCUAAUGUUCCUCCAUAUCCCCUGCCAAUCCCUCUUAUUGAUGAUGAUGAUGUCUCAUAUCAAGCAAUUGGAGGUUCAACUGGAGAGCUCCUUGAGCUUAAUGCACAGGCCCUGAGUCAGAUUUCUACGAAUCUUAAUAAUUUGCAGAUUCAGGAAAACAUCUUUCUACUUUCUCAAACAAGGGAUAAUUUACUCCGAGUCUUGAAUGAGAUUGAUGAUGUUCCUGGAUCAUUGAAUCAGAUGCCGUGGCUACCGGUGAAGAUAAAUGAAGAUCUCGCCAACACUAUCCUCCCCACAACUACGGCGGCGAUGCAAACAUGACAUAUAUUGAGUUUAUCAUCAGUGUAUUUACGUUUCUGUCGAGAAGGGCGCAGCAAAACAACCCCUCUCUCUCUCUGAGUCUCAGUUGUUUAUUAUUUGGUAAAGACGGAUAGAACUUAUCUGAACUAUAAACCAUUUGUUUGAUUUAAGCCAGUCAAUGAUACUUCGACUUUAAAAUUUAAA